AUGACAUCCGAACAGACCGCCCAACCCGACAUCUCAAACUACACCACCUCCCCAACCUCCUCCUCCUCCAACAACAAGCAAUCCUCCCCAUCAGCCACAACCCCGCGCGCCAUCGUCGAGUCCACGACAAGCAGCUGGAAACCCUCCUUCGAGCGCCGUCAGAGCUGGAACCAGGAAGACCAGAAGCGCGCGCUGCAGAUGAGUCACAUUGAGGACGUGAAGACUGGUCCUGGGUUCACCGAGCGCUCGUAA